AUGGGGGAGCAGGAGAACAACAAGAUCGGCGGCGGCAACAACGCCUCCAUGGCGGUGGACGAGGCGGCCUCGGCGAAGGGCAAGAGCCUUGGCGCCGCGGACCCGCGCCUGCAGGGCAUUUCCGACGCCAUCCGCGUCGUCCCCCACUUUCCCAAGCCAGGGAUCAUGUUCAACGACAUCACGGAGCUGCUGCUGCGGCCGGGCGUGUUCAAGGACGCCGUGGACAUGUUCGUCGAGCGCUACCGCGGCAUGGGCAUCGCCGCCGUCGCAGGGAUUGAAGCCAGAGGAUUCAUCUUUGGCCCAGCCAUUGCGCUAGCCAUUGGAGCAAAGUUCAUACCACUACGUAAACCUAAGAAGCUUCCAGGUGAGGUAUUUUCUGAAAGUUAUGUACUUGAGUAUGGGAUGGAUUGUUUGGAGAUGCAUGUUGGAGCUAUUGAACCCGGGGAGCAUGUAGUGGUUGUUGAUGAUUUGGUUGCAACUGGUGGAACUCUUUCUGCUGCAAUAAGACUUCUUGGUUAG